CACAUGACCAAUUAUCACAGUCUGAGCCAGUCUGAGAUGAAAAUCACCUGUGUGAUUCAUUCUGCUUUGUUUGACUCCGUGAACACAGAUCACUUGCUUGGAAAUAAUCCUCUUACAGCUUCCCACAAAGAGCAAGGCCACAUGUAAGACUAACACAUUUAGGGGAAGAAGAAGUGGCUACAAACUGCAGAAAACUAUUUUGUUUUUGGACUUUUUGUACACUAUGUUUUUAAUAGACUAGAAGUUGCCUCUUAAGGCAGGCAGGAAAUCUGCUGUGUGGCCCCAGAGGACCGCUUGAACCCUGUAUAGAAAAAGCAAUGCCAUAUACAUCCAAACUUCCUGCGUCCUGGAAUGAUACACCACCUUCUCGAAAAGUGGAAAUUGACCUGAGUUCACCUGGUUUAGCAGUGUUUGAGUUGGAAAGACUCUUGUUUACUGGCAAAGCCAUCAUCAGCCAUGCAGAUGAAGUGUGGCUAAGGAUUUACAUAGGUGACCAGCAAAGUGCUGGUGCAUUGCCAUGUAGAGGUGAGCCACUCCGCCACCCUGAUGCUGGCUUACAUGAUGCUGAAGCAGAACCUGACUCUUGUGGAGGCUAUUUGUGCUGUGAAAGAAAACGGGGUGUUAUCCCUAACAGAGGUUUCCUCCGACAGCUCAUCCACCUGGACAGACAACUCUUUGGCAAACAUCACUGAAGCCUGAAAUACUGCUCAGGUCUCAUCGGUCCAGAACAAAAGGAAACUAUAGCUCAAUAAUUCUUAGCAGUGUUGAAAAUGUGAGAUAAACUGAUCCUGACUAAUCUGAUUAUAUGGGUAUAUGUAGAAUUUCUAUUAACAGCAUCUUAUCCUUGGAUCAUAUUUUAAUGGCCAUAAACUAAAAGUGAUUUCUCUGAAGUGCAAUUUGUACAUGAUAAAGAUUUGUUGUCCAACUUUUACAUUAAAAACAUAUAUCUGGUACAGCUUUUAGUGAAAGACACUCUGAAUUUGAAUCAGCUCUACUUGCAUAUAAAAUCAUUCAAAGGGUUUCUAUAGUGCAUCAUAUGAUGGGCUAGAGACAGUGAUCAUCACUCACAGCUUUUUGUAAAUGCUGCUGAAGCAAACUAUGGCUGCUUUGGCUUUUGCAUCUCUCCUUUGCAUCUCAGCAUGACACCACAGUUUGACUGUAAUCCUUAAAGCUGAACAAAUAAGUGGGUGGGAUAAAAAAAUAAACACAGCCAAAGUUCAGUUGCUCUGAUCAGCCUUAUAAUCAGUACGUCUCCCUCUGUCCAGCCUGUGCUUUGGUGUCUGUGGAUGAAGAAGUUCACCAUGAUGCGUGCAACCCUGUGUAUCUGGAUCUUAUCAGCAGUGGUCUGCGUGGGCAGAGGCCAUCACCACGAAGGUCACGACCAAGACACUGCACUCGACAGCAGUGCUGACAGCGUCUCACUGGUGACUUCAGCAAACAAAGAGUUUGCCUACCGUAUGUACAAAAAGUUAGCAGCUCACGCUGAAUCUCAAGGCAAGAAUAUCUUCUUCUCACCAGCUAGUUUGUCCAUCGCCUUGGCUGCCUUGUCUGUUGGAGCACGGGGGGAGACCCACCGGCAGCUCUUCAGUGGUCUGGGUUUCAACAGCUCUCUACUGACGCAGACAGUUGUGGAUCAGUCCUUCCGUACACUCCUACAAAGGGCAAACAAGACAUCUCAAGAAGAUAUCAGCGAAGGGACCGCUGUGUUUGUGGAUAACCACUUCAAGCCACAGCCUGAGUUCCUGGACGUCUUGAAGCAGUCCUACUUUGCAGAUGGGUUUGAAGUUGACUUCACCAAAACCACAGACAGUGCCAACACUAUCAAUAAGUAUGUGGAGGAGAAGACCAACGGGAAGAUUGAUAAGCUGGUGGAAAGCCUGGACCCAAGCACAGUCAUGUAUCUCGUCAGCUACAUAUUCUACAAAGGAAAGUGGGCGACUCCAUUUGAUCCCAAGCUCACCAAGAAGGGCAUGUUCACUGUUGAUGAGAGCACCAAGGUUCCUGUCCAGAUGAUGAAUAUGGAGCAGGAAUUUGAUACUUAUUAUGACCAGGCAAUUAACACGUUGGUCCUCCACCUUCCCUUCAGCAACUCCUACUCCAUGCUGCUGUUGUUGCCUGAUGAUAUGGCGACACUGGAGAAUGACAUUUGUCCAAGCCAAGUCACCAAAUGGCUUAAGGGGAAGGUGUCGAGGGCUUAUGAUGUAUAUAUUCCAAAGUUCUCCAUCAAGACUUCUUACUCCCUGAAGGAUAUGUUGAUUGAAAUGGGAAUGACAGACAUGUUUAGUAAACGAGCAGAUCUGAGCGGCAUUUCAGAGGGGCGGGAACUGCUUGUCUCAGAGGUUGUGCACAAAGCUGCUCUAGAUGUCGAUGAGGCUGGAGCCACUGCCGCAGCUGCUACAGGCAUGGUCAUCAUUGAAACCAUUGAGAUCAUCUACCCUGUCUUGAAGUUCAAUCGACCAUUUAUGGUCCUGAUCACUGAGCACACCACAGAAAACAUCCUCUUUAUGGGCAAGAUUAUCAACCCAAACAUCUGAUGGAGUAAACACUUUGUGUUCACUCAGGCACCAAUGUUGCAUCACAUAUUAAAUACUCAUAAAAACCUUU